UUCGUUGGCCGCGUUCGGAUGGUGGCUACCGCUGUGGCUGCUGCAGCUUGUUAGUGCUGUUCCUCGCCCGGCGUGCUGAGGAUUGUGCGGCCUCGUACUUGGUCCGGUUCUCCUGCGCGUGAUCCCGAAGGGCGCCGCCUUCCCGCGGCCUGCGGCAUGGGCCGGGAGUCACGCCACUAUCGGAAGCGAUCAGCAUCACGGGGACGCUCUGGAAGUCGAUCUAGAAGUCGCUCACCGUCAGACAAAAGAAGUAAACGUGGAGAUGACAGAAGGUCUAGAAGCAGGGAUAGAGAUAGAAGGAGAGAGAGGUCUCGUAGCAGGGAUAAAAGAAGAUCUCGGUCAAGAGACAGGAAGCGUCUGAGGCGUUCCAGAAGUAGAGAGAGAGAUCGAAGUCGAGAGCGAAGAAGAUCUCGAAGUCGAGACAGGAGACGUUCGAGGAGUAGAAGCCGGGGCCGGAGAUCCCGAUCCUCCAGUCCUGGCAAUAAAAGCAAGAAAGCUGAAAAUAGGUCUAGGUCCAAAGAGAAAACAGAUAGUGGGGAAAGUUCUAAAGAGAAGAAAAAAGACAAAGACGACAAAGAGGAUGAAAAAGAAAAGGAUGCCGGUAACUUUGACCAGAAUAAGCUAGAAGAAGAAAUGAGAAAGCGAAAAGAAAGGGUAGAGAAAUGGCGGGAAGAACAACGUAAAAAGGCCAUGGAAAACAUAGGGGAACUGAAAAAGGAAAUUGAAGAGAUGAAACAAGGGAAAAAGUGGAGUUUAGAAGAUGAUGAUGAUGAUGAAGAUGAUCCUGCAGAGGCUGAAAAGGAAGGAAAUGAAAUGGAGGGUGAGGAGUUAGAUCCAUUAGAUGCUUACAUGGAAGAAGUGAAAGAGGAAGUAAAAAAGUUUAAUAUGAGAAGUGUGAAAGGUGGUGGGGGAAAUGAAAAGAAGUCUGGGCCAACAGUCACAAAAGUUGUCACUGUUGUCACAACCAAAAAAGCAGUCGUAGAUUCUGAUAAGAAGAAAGGUGAGCUAAUGGAGAAUGACCAGGAUGCCAUGGAGUAUUCUUCAGAGGAGGAAGAAGUUGAUCUUCAGACUGCCCUUACAGGUUAUCAGACAAAGCAGAGAAAGCUUCUAGAACCAGUGGAUCAUGGAAAAAUUGAAUAUGAACAAUUCAGAAAAAACUUUUACGUUGAAGUUCCAGAACUGGCAAAAAUGUCUCAAGAGGAAGUGAAUGUAUUUCGGUUGGAAAUGGAGGGCAUUAUUGUCAAGGGAAAAGGUUGCCCCAAACCAAUUAAAUCUUGGGUUCAGUGUGGGAUUUCUAUGAAGAUCUUAAAUUCUCUCAAAAAGCAUGGUUAUGAAAAGCCUACGCCAAUCCAAACCCAGGCGAUUCCUGCUAUAAUGUCUGGACGAGAUUUGAUUGGUAUUGCCAAGACAGGAAGUGGAAAGACCAUUGCCUUUCUGUUGCCUAUGUUUAGACACAUCAUGGAUCAGAGGUCAUUAGAAGAAGGAGAGGGACCAAUAGCUGUCAUCAUGACUCCAACUCGAGAACUGGCUUUACAGAUUACUAAGGAAUGUAAGAAGUUUUCGAAGACCUUGGGCCUUAGAGUGGUCUGUGUUUAUGGAGGAACAGGAAUCAGUGAGCAGAUUGCUGAGCUGAAAAGAGGUGCUGAAAUUAUUGUUUGCACACCUGGUCGAAUGAUUGACAUGUUAGCAGCUAACAGUGGUCGGGUUACAAAUCUUCGAAGAGUGACUUAUGUUGUUUUAGAUGAAGCAGACAGAAUGUUUGACAUGGGUUUUGAACCACAGGUCAUGCGCAUUGUGGAUAAUGUUCGUCCUGACCGACAGACAGUUAUGUUUUCAGCUACUUUCCCCAGAGCUAUGGAGGCCUUGGCUCGCAGAAUCCUGAGUAAACCCAUUGAAGUGCAGGUUGGAGGCAGAAGUGUGGUUUGCUCAGAUGUGGAGCAACAAGUGAUUGUGAUUGAAGAAGAAAAGAAAUUCUUGAAGCUACUUGAACUUCUAGGCCAUUAUCAAGAAACAGGAUCUGUCAUUAUAUUUGUGGAUAAGCAGGAACAUGCUGAUGGUCUUCUGAAAGAUUUAAUGAGAGCUUCUUACCCUUGCAUGUCUCUUCAUGGAGGCAUUGAUCAAUAUGACAGAGAUAGCAUCAUAAAUGAUUUUAAGAAUGGGACCUGCAAACUUCUUGUUGCUACGUCUGUUGCUGCCCGAGGCCUAGAUGUGAAACAUCUGAUUCUUGUAGUAAAUUAUAGCUGCCCCAACCAUUAUGAGGAUUAUGUGCACAGAGCAGGACGGACUGGAAGAGCAGGCAACAAAGGCUACGCCUAUACUUUCAUCACAGAAGAUCAGGCUCGGUAUGCUGGUGACAUAAUUAAAGCCCUUGAAUUGUCAGGGACUGCAGUGCCACCUGAUCUAGAGAAACUUUGGAGUGAUUUCAAAGAUCAACAGAAAGCUGAAGGGAAAAUAAUUAAAAAGAGUAGUGGGUUCUCUGGUAAGGGAUUCAAGUUUGAUGAAACAGAACAAGCUUUGGCAAAUGAGAGAAAGAAGUUACAAAAAGCUGCUCUUGGUCUUCAAGAUUCAGAUGAUGAGGAUGCUGCAGUUGAUAUUGAUGAGCAAAUUGAAAGCAUGUUUAAUUCAAAGAAGAGAGUGAAGGAUAUGGCUGCUCCUGGAACAUCUAGUGUUCCUGCUCCAACUGCAGGAAAUGCUGAGAAGUUAGAAAUUGCAAAGAGAUUGGCUCUUAGAAUCAAUGCUCAGAAGAAUUUGGGGAUUGAGUCUCAGGAUGUGAUGCAGCAGGCCACCAAUGCAAUUCUUAGAGGUGGCACCAUCCUGGCUCCCACUGUCUCUGCAAAAACCAUUGCAGAGCAACUUGCUGAAAAGAUCAAUGCCAAGCUUAAUUAUGUGCCUUUGGAGAAACAAGAAGAGGAGAGACAGGAUGGUGGACAGAAUGAAUCUUUUAAGAGAUAUGAAGAAGAAUUAGAGAUCAAUGACUUCCCACAGACUGCUAGGUGGAAAGUUACCUCUAAGGAAGCUCUGCAGAGAAUCAGUGAAUAUUCUGAAGCUGCAAUUACAAUCAGAGGAACAUACUUCCCACCUGGCAAAGAACCCAAGGAAGGAGAGCGGAAAAUUUACUUGGCAAUUGAAAGUGCCAAUGAACUGGCUGUGCAGAAAGCAAAGGCAGAAAUCACCAGGCUUAUAAAAGAAGAACUGAUCCGGCUGCAAAAUUCAUACCAACCAACAAAUAAAGGAAGAUACAAAGUCUUAUAAAACAUCUGGAAAAAACUUUUUACCUGUGCUGGUCUGUGAUACAUGUGGCAAUUGUUGUCUGCAGUUUACAGUGUAUUUUAAGUUAAGAUUUUUAAAAUUCUGUCUUGCUGAUUUUUUUUUUUUUAAAUACAAGAAACCAGUAUUUGCUAAUGAAUCUUCUUUCAGUAAGUAUCCCCAGAAUUAUCAAACUAUAUUUAAAGUUUUCAUUAAAGUGCCCUUUAAUGUAAAUCUGGAUAAUAUUCCAGAAGCGUAAGAAAAUUAAAAUAUUUGGACUUUCCAUUGAAGGAAAUAAAGUAUAUAAGUCGCUAAGGGGCUAUUCACCUUAUCUUCUUGCAAUGAAAUUGUGAUAAUCUCCUCAGAAAAGGUAAAAUUCUCUAAUUUUGUGACCACCUUAAGCUUAAAUCUUACUUGAUUCAGUGGAACAAUAUGAACUAUAUUUAAGAAUAUUAUAAUAGAAUUUUUACAAAAUGGGUUCAAAGUUUUUGUUUCAAUUUUUAUUAUCAUGUAUGGGCCAUAGUUGGACUGGUUUUUGGUUUUGUAAAAUUAAAAAUUU